AUGGCUACUGUCGCGACAGCCUCGAGCAGCAGCGACCUGCCUCGCACGGCCAAGGGCCUCACCGCCGAGCUCAAUUACGUCCGCUACGAACACCGUUUGGAAGAGCAGUACCUGCCCGCCAUCCGGGCCCUCAUUUCCAAGGACCUGAGCGAGCCCUACAGCAUCUAUGUCUACCGCUACUUCCUCUAUCAAUGGGGCCAUCUGUGCUUCAUGGCCCUCGACCCCUUCGACUCGUCCCUCAUCGGCGUGAUUAUCUGCAAGCUCGAACCCCAUUCUGUCCACAGUGCUCCCACCAACCGAGGCUACAUCGCCAUGCUUGCUGUGGCAGCACCAUGCAGAGGCCGCGGCGUGGCCACCUCGCUCGUCAAGAUGGCCAUUGACGCCAUGGCGAGCCGGAACGCCGACGAGAUCGUGCUGGAGACGGAGGAGACCAACGUGUCCGCGAUGCGACUGUACGAGAGGCUAGGGUUUCUGCGCUCUAAGAAGCUGCACCGCUAUUACCUCAACGGCAACAGCGCGUACCGUUUGGUCUUGCUCUUGAAGCCCAUAGAUCCUGACGGCCCCGCGGAUCUGGCCCUCGAGGAGCAUGAGAGGGGAACAUUCACCGUAUGA